CCACGCAGCAGUUGUGCUGAGUGGUGAUGCACUGGCCCUGCAGCCCCAGUCCUCCUUGUCAAACCUGUAUGGGGAUUUGUACUGCGAAGGCCCACGACAGCACAGGUGCUUAUAAUAGUGCUGAUGGGAGCCAUUUGUAUGGCUUCUUGUUUAAUUACAGCCUACUGAAUGAGCAGUAAGUACAAAUACCUCCAGUGUAGGCACCUGUAGCUGAAUAUGAGCAAAGGGUGUGUGGGGGUAAAACAGAGAAGAAGGAGGGCUCAUCACUGUAGUGUUUAGUGGUGGGCUGUUUUCUAUGCUAUUCAGACUGCAACUUCAGAAUUUGCAGUUCUGUUGCUGAUGGUGUUUUACUGCUUUGGGAAAGACCCUGAAAUUUUGGUGCCAGGCAAUGGAUAUGGUGAUGUUUCAGAAGGCAUAGCAGAGCUUGAAAUUGGAGCAAGGGUAGAAAGUGGAUGGUAGCCUGAGGAAACAAGUCAGCCAGGAUCUCCUCUUUGGCCCUACAGUUGCUCCUGAAGAGCUGGGGGGAUUGAUGCUGUUGGAUGCUUGCUUCCAAAGCCAGGGCAGCUUCUGGCUGCUGGCACUGGAGAAACAGGAGCAGCUUUUAAGACUCGGCAACUGUUCUGCAGAAACAUCCCUUGUGUAAAACCCCAGCUCCUGUACCAUGUACCAGUCUGGCUUUGUGCCACGGGAGUAUUACCCAGCCGUGACCCCACCUUCUGCCUUCGCCUACCCACCACUGCGGACUGGGAGAGCAGAAGACAUGACCAGCCCUGUGAUGUUCCCUCCCAUCCACAUGCACAGCUUCUACAGCCGACCCAUCACCUUUGUGGUGGACCGGAACAGCCACCCUGACUAUGAGGGAGGUCAGGUGGAGUAUCACCAUCUCUAUGGUGCCUCCCGUCCCUACUUCCAUCCCUACUACGCCUGGCACUUCCCUCCCAUGGUCCCUAUCCCUCUCUACCAUCCCUAUGCAAACUACAAUCCCUAUGCUGCCUACCAGAGGUCAGAUCAGUAUCGUGAUACAUGGCCAGAAGGCUUCACAAUGAGAGGAGAACUUCAAUGGGGGAAGCUUGGAAAGGUGUUUGGACCAAGGAAAGAUCUCCCAGCAUUUGUGAAGGAUGAUCUCCGAAGGGUUUAUGGCACCUACCCACGUACCAGCGUCUCCAUAACCUACAGGAAAGGGGAGUUCUUGGUGAAGGGGGACCCCAAGGUAGGAGAGCAGGAAUAUGCAGUGGAAAAGAAAGUUAUCCAGCAGGCUGUGACCCCCAGUGCCAGUGAGGCAGAUGACAGCAGUGAGGACCGGAACAGUAAGAAGAAAAAGAAACAGAGACAUUGAUGUAGUCCAUCACCCAAUGCCUCAGGGCCCUUUUGGAAACCAGUUGGCAGCUGUUCUUGGUGCAGCUGGCAAGUAGCACAAGCAAUGAAUGCCACCACCCCUGUUGGCUUUUAACUGCUCCCCAUCCUUCACAAGCUUAUGGCAACUUUACACUUUGCACAAUGCCUGCCCUGUGAAGAAACCACGUGGCACUUGUCUGUCAGAUCACCUCUUUGGUUGUGGCUUUGAAAUGAGAGCUUGAUUUCCACUGGUUGGUUGUGCGGUCACAGUCUGGUGGGGGGAUCUCCAGGCAGCAGCCCUUCAUCAGAAAACUUCAGCCUCUUCCUACUCCGUGCAAGGGAAUGUCCUGGAAGCUGGCUCCUUUCCUGGCACUCAGUAAGAUCAAAGUGGGGUUUCGUCCAGGCUCGGGACAGUGCAAGUCCCCGAGGAGAAAGGGGUUCUUGAACACUGCAAAGAGCAAAUAUUUGCAUGUCUUGUCACUGCUGUUUAUGACCAUUCCAUUGUACUUAAUCACUGUGUAAUGCCUGUACGCAACAUUUCCUUACAUGCUGGCAGAAGAUCCUGGUGUCCCCAUCCUCUUAUAUUUGGUAACCUGGUGCUUGGUUCUCCUGGCCAUGUGUCCUUGUUGAAAUCACUGCUGAGACCCUCCUCUGGGUCUCCCUCAGCUCUGGCUAGAGGUGCUGGCUGUCCAGUGAGAUUUACUGGAGUUGUGAACCACAGCACUUUCACAGCUUGGUCUCUUGGAAGGGUGGACUUCAGAGUUGUGCUUGAAACCUGGAGGGCUGUGAGGGGCUGGGUCUGACUUGCAAACUUCUGUACCUUUUAAAUGAUUAUAAAUAAUAAAAAUUUCAAAUGCAAAA